CUACUGACUUGCUGGAAUUAAAAAAAAAUCUAGAAAUACUUAUAAAACUUGGAAAUUUUGUGUAUCAAGCAGUUAGAAAUAUUCUAAUUGCACAGCAAUAUAAGCAAGAUACUAAAAAAGUGAUUAAGAAAUGUGAUGAGAUUACUUUAGAUUUAAAGAUUCCAA